GAUCGAAUCGAGGUGGUGGGUACCUCUGGACUGGACAUUUAUAUAAAAGACUUCUCCACUCGAGAGAAUCAAAUCAGUUCCAAUUCGUCAUCCAGUUUAAGCAAAGAUUUAAACGGUAGAAAUUUUCAGUCAAGAUGAAAGUUUUGAUUCUUCUCGCCUUGGUCGGCGUUUCGAUCGCGAAACCCGUGACGCUCUAUAAUUCGUGGCCGUUCGGGGGAUACACGGCGUACAAUGUUCCAACCAACGUGGUGUACAAUUCCCCUGCCGUGACGUACAGUGCAGUUCCUGCUCCUGCCACGGUGACCUACACGACCCCUGCCUUGACCUAUGCCCCCUUCGCCACCAAGACGCAGUACCAUGCUCAAGAUGAACUCGGCCAAGCCUCGUUCGGUUAUUCGCACCCCGGUCACGCCCGCGCUGAAGUGAGAGACGCUGCCGGAGGGGUUCGAGGGUCAUACGCCUACAUCGGAGCGGACGGGAAGGAAGUCAGAGUCAACUAUGUGGCCGAUUCCGUUAAGGGAUUUCGAGUCGAGAGCAACGCACUUCCGGUCGGCCCAGCCGUUCCAGAAGUCCCAGUCCUCGUUGGUCCUGCUCCAGUUCAAGACACACCCGAAGUUGCGGAGGCUAAGGCUCAACACGCCAAACUAGUGGAGGAAGCGAUCGCCCGAAAUGCCGAGGCUGACAAGAAGGACGCCGCCGAAGCUCCGAAAGAAGCCGAGAAAGUCGAGGAGGACGCCGCCACGGAGAAGAAGGGCGAGGAGGAGGUCAAGUCCAGAAGGAAACGUGGCGCCGUCUAUUUGGCCAGCCCACAAGUUUACGCCGCCCCCGCAGUGACCUAUGCCGCCGCCCCCGCCGUGACCUACGCAGCCGCUCCCGUCGUGACCCACCACGUGCCAACCUUGACAUACGCUGCCGCCCCAGCCCUGACCUACUCGGCAAUUGCUGCUCCUGCCGUGCGUGCCGCCACGUUGACCAAAGUCGUCAACACGCCCGGACACGCCGUCUCCUACAGAGUCGACUAAACCGGAAAUGAAGAUGCCUUUUUUAUAGUUUUAGCCCGUUUUCUACUUUCACUUUGACCUUCUCUCUUUCAUCUUGGUUCAAAUUGUAUCAACUUUCUCUCGACCUAUAUUUAUCUCGUUUUUGUACUGUUCUACACUUUCUGUGACCUUUGACCUUUAUUUUUUCUCUAUUCUAAAUCUUGUCUUGUUUCUCCUACGUUUAAUUUCAUUCGUCAUUUUGGUGUAGCGAAGACUUUGAAUUUUUCAUGAUUUCCAUUCCACAUUGAAUUUGUGGUUCAUGUUCUUAUCUUAUCGUACUAUGCUUGAUAUUCAAUAAAAAUGGUUUUCCAAGUUUUGCUAAU